AUGGCUACACUACGUUUUUUCGAUGUUCAAGAAGAACCAAAAAAGCUUUUGUUACCCAUUGACGGUUAUCAAAAUUUACCUUUGAUGCCAUUAGAAGACGCUGUCAGACCCUUGUUCUCACUGGCUGAUGAUUUACAAUCUCGUGUUUGGAUUGCAAAAGAAAAUUGUUCCUCACCUCAAGAUCCACUUAGCCAAGAUGAAGCAGCUGCAAUUUAUUUGUAUACUCUUGAAUGGAUACCAACUGAUAGAAGUCUCUAUUAUAAAUUAAAUCAAUCAUUACGCUAUGAAAAUCGACAAAAACUAAUACCAUGGUUUGCAUAUUUAAAAUUACUUUUAACUGCUCUCUACAAGCUACCAUCCCAAAAGCGGACAAUAUGGCGUGGUGUUAAUGCAGAUAUUAGUAAACUUUACCCAGCUGGUAGUAAAAAAGUUUGGUGGGGUAUUAGUUCAUGUACUGAAUCUGUUGCCGUAUUGGAAUCAUCACAAUUUUUGGGUAACACAGGUACAAAAACAUUAUUUUCAAUUGAAUGUAAAAAUGGCAAAUUGAUUCGACCCUAUUCGUAUUAUCAAGAUGAAGACGAAAUUCUUCUACCACCGGCCACCUACCUCGAAACAGUUAGCCAAAUUCAGCCGGCACCUGGUCUUCACAUUAUUCAUCUGAGGGAGAAAGAACCGCCUCACGUUCUAAUUCAACCACCAAAUAAUGCAAACACUAAACAGCGAGAUGAAUGGGCACGCCCUCCAGCAUCAGCGAGUCCCACUCGACGUUCUGAUACAAACGCGAUACGUAUUGAUAGUAAAACACAGAUCGAUUACGAUCAUCUUAUGAUCAAACAAAAGAGAAUUAAAAAUGAUAUUGUUAGUAUCCAACGUAAUUUAGAUGAUUUAAUACGGCAAAAAGAUAAAAUAAAUAGCGAUAUUUAUCGAACAAAUCUGGAAUAUGAAGAAGCCGAACAUAAAAAUCAGAAAACGGAACGAGAGUCAGAACAUAGAAUGCAACAAUAUAUGUUCAAUCUUCAAGCGACUGUCAGUCAAAGUUUAUUUACUCAACCAUCUGGAAGUUAUCUCGAUCAACUCUUAGCUAAACAGCACAAGGAUAAAAAUAAUACUUUCGACGAUGCUUUUGGUAACAAGUUUCACCACGAAAAGGCUGCUGCCUUGCUGAAUUUCUGGUCGAAACAAUCACAAUUAGAAAAACUCGUUGAGUACAAACGAUAUUUAGAUGACAGUUUUGAUGAAGCUAAGAAAGAAUUAGCUAAACUGACAGAGGAAGAACAACAUAUUAAGAAAAAACUUGAUAAAAUCAAAAAAGAAUUAAAAUAA